UAUCUUCCGGCGAUCAAACGCCCUUCACUUUUCUGCAUGAUGGACAAGGCAGUUAGGAAGUUCUUGAAGUGAAAUGACUCUUUCGCCUUAUGUCCUUGUCACCUUCGCUGGUGAUGCGCAUUGUUCCUGAUGAAGGGGAAGCUGUAGACUGGACAGCUCAUCACAAUAUUAUUUUUCGAGAUGUGUUGGAGGCGAUAUCUCAGGUGAUGCCUCAUGCUACAGCCACUGCAUUUGAAUAUGAAGAUGAAGAAGGAGAUAGAAUCACUGUUAGGGGUGAUGAAGAACUUCAGGCCAUGAUCAAUGGGCACAUGUGGAUGAACUGUGAAAGGCAGAGAAGAGGAGUACCACUGGAGCCAUUAAUGGUUUAUCCAAAAGCUUGUAGAACUUCUAGAAGGAGGAAUUUUUGUGGACUGACUGUUAACACAAAGGCAGCUCCAGUAAACAAUGCCAUGCCAACUAAUGCUAGUCUCCCUACAGAAAGCUCACACAAACCAGAGAGGGGGGACAUAAGGAUUAUCUUAGCAAAUGGUCAGGUAUCUCACACUGACAUACAGCAUCUAGACAUUUUGGGCCAUGGAAAUGGAGGAACAGUUUAUAGGGCAUUACACACAAGCACAAGCAGAAUUAUUGCAGUUAAGGUGAUUCCUUUAGAUGUAACUCCUGAUGUACAGAAACAGAUCAUUUCUGAAUUGGAAAUACUUUUUCAGUGCUCUUCACCAUUCAUUAUUGAAUUCUAUGGAGCAUUUUUUGUUGAAAAUAGGAUAUCAAUUUGUACAGAAUAUAUGGAUGGCGGUUCUCUUGACCAGUAUGGCUGGAUUCCUGAACCAGUUCUGGGAAGAAUUGCAGUUUCAGUGGUCAAAGGACUCCUUUAUUUGUGGGAGCUAAAAAUUAUGCACAGAGAUGUGAAACCCUCAAAUAUUUUGGUGAGCACAAGAGGUCAAGUGAAAUUAUGUGACUUUGGUGUCAGUCGACAGCUGGUCAAUUCAAUUGCAACAACUUAUGUUGGAACUCAUGCUUACAUGGCGCCCGAACGCAUACAAGGAGAUGAAUACAGCAUUCGAUCGGAGCUCUGGAGUCUUGGCGUGUCUCUUCUUGAGAUGGCUUUGGGAAGGUUUCCUUACCCAACGGAGAGUCAUGGAGGCGCCGAAACGUUUCUGCCAAUAGCGUUACUUCAAUGCAUCGUUCACGAGAACCCGCCACGGCUACCUGAGGAUAAAUUCUCACCAGCUUUUGUGGAUUUCGUGUCUCAAUGGUACGUUAUUGAUUUCUAAGAUCAUCGU